CACAAUAACAAGCGAAAAUGUGUGCGGCUCUCUUACGAAAUGUUAAAUUGGUGAAUUUAAGGCCUUUGGCGGCUGUAACAAAGUACCAGGGGUUGCACACAAGUAGCUCGCUCUGCAAGUGGCGGAAUGUGGGCUCCGGGGAAGUGGAAAGAAGGCUCCUGACCGGCGACAGGCUUCCGGAUAACUACAAACUGAUAUACCGCGCCCCCAUCGAGAGCUAUGUCACCUGGACAAAGAACAUAUCCACCGCCACCACCUCUAUUCUGGGACUGGUGGCCGCCUAUCACUGGGCCACGACCAUGAACAUCGUAAAUAUGGUCCAGAAAAUGGACAUAGCCAUACUGGUGUCCCAGGAAUCCGAUCUCUACUACUUCCUCACUGGAUUUGUGCUCAUCAAUCUGGCGAUACGUGCCUUUGUGGCGAAAUAUCCCUUGAGAAUCUACAAGAGUUCCGAAAAAUACGUGGCUGUCUAUGGCUCUCAACUUCCGCUGGGAACCGUGAAACACUAUUUUGAAAGGGGACAAAUAGCUGAAUACAAAAACUUUUUAAAUCCCUGGAGCCAUAUUAUGUACAAGCUGGGCAGCCGCUCCUCCAUGCUGCUGGUGGACUACUUUAAAACGCCCUCGGAGUUCCAUCAAUUGUUUGCGACCAAACAAGAGAAUUAGAUUUUAAGUUCAUACUGUACAUUGUUAAAAAUAAAUGUUUUAUUUAAAUAA